AGGGCGUUCUCUGUGUUAACAGCUGCUGGGAGCAGCACUUUCUGUCAGGUUUUCUUACCUGUUGAGAUGGAUCGCAGACAGAGGCAGGCGGCUCUCUCUUUCCUCAACAACAUCUCACUGGAUGGAAAAGCAGCGGAGGCUGAGGAUGAGGCCAGAUUCACUCUUUUAACAUCUGCUCCAGAUGUGCGACCACAAACAGCUUCAGGAGAACAGCAGCCCAGUGCAGAGGAGUGUGAAGUCAGAACAUCUCUUCUGGACACUGAAUCCAAAGUGAACAUCUCUCGAGAGCUUCAGAGUAAGUUUUUCACAAGUGUUGUACGACCCAGAAGCAGCAGACGAGUUCAUUUCAUCAAAAACAUGAGACAACAUGAUACUCGCAAUGGAAGGAUAGUUUUGAUCAGUGCCAGAAGAGCUCUAUACGGGAUGUUUUCUGUCCUGCGCUAUCAAGACUUCAGCCAGAACAAGUGAGUCCUGCUUCUAUUUACAUCAGAUUCUGAAUACAGGUCAUCUCAGACUCAUAUGUUGUCUCCAGAUCAGAGGUUAGACUGCGGCCAUCAGAAGAACUUCAGCAGAGAAGCUGUGAUUGGUCGCGAUGCUGUUGAACCUGGAGCCAAGGGUAAGGUGAGGUCCACUUGAAAUUAAAACUACUGAGCUGGUCUAUUUUGGAUUCUAAGUUUCCUAACUAAUAUUUGGUUUGUCAACCGUCAGACAGUGUCAUAUACAAAACUUCUGUCUCACACUAAUGCUUUGAGCGGCAGCGCUGACGUCUUCGCACAGCAUUCUGGGUCACAGUGUGUUUUGAGUUCAGCAUGUAACAUCCUCGCUCAGACGGGAAAAAAGAGAGAAUUCAAAGGGAAAAACAUUGAUGAUUAUGACCCAAAUCUUCUGGAUGAUCCACAGUGGCCUUGUGGGAAACACAAACGAGUGCUAGUCUUUCCAUCUUUAAUGGUGAGAGCAAAAUCAGUCCACGCAUAUGAAGCUUGUCAUACAGGAACAUCAUUUGUUUAUAAUGUUAUAGUAACAUUUUAUGACAGUUUCACACCUGUUUAAUAAAUAUACUAAUGCUGCUUAUGGGGGAAAAUCAUUCAAAAAGUUCAUGAAAAUGAUCUUUGCCUAAAACCUUUAUUUUUUAUCUCAUCGAUGAAGUGCAGCAUUUGAAACUGUUCAAAAUAAGAAGCAUUUUCUUCCUUUUUCAGACAACGGUCAUUGAAUACGUGAAGCUGUCCGACCUGAAGAAAGACAUGAAUGAAACAUUCAGUGAUAAGUUUCCACAUGUUCAGCUGACCCUCAGCAAAAUCAGAAGGUAAAGACUUCCAGUUACCCAACUUAAAAAUACUGAUAUCUAGAA